AUGUCUUUCGAUCGUGUCCUCCCUAGGCCCCCGGCUUUGUAUGAGACCGCAAGCCGUUGCCACAAACCGUCGACCAGCAGUCUUCUAGAGCAUAAGAUCAUGAAUGAUAGGAGCAGGGCCAUGUCGAUUGAGGACAUGUCACGCCCUUCACUUAGCAUGCGAAAACUAAACGACUCUGAGAGCUGCUCGACAGCAUUGUCUCAGAUGCAGCUGUCAUCUAUCAACCGAGAGAAAUUGGUAGAAAACAAUCAUCUCCAACCGAAUUUCACAACUUCUCCAAAACAAAACACGCCCGGAGGAACGGUUGAGCUGACACUGGGAGAGCGGUCAGCCUCGGAUAGUCCAACGAAAUUGGAGUCGGCAAAAGAGGCGGCCUCGCAAUUCUGCCUUUGCCAACCAGACCCUAAAAUUCCAAGGCCGAGGAAUGCAUUUAUUCUGUAUAGACAGCAUUAUCAGGCUGCUGUUGUAGCCCAAAAUCCUGGCCUCGCCAACCCGGAGAUUUCGAAGAUCAUAGGAGAACAAUGGAGAGCUCUUCCGAUAGAAACAAAGGAAGAGUGGAAAGCAUUAGCAGAGGCAGAGAAAGCUCGACAUCAGCAGCAGUAUCCGGAUUACCGAUACCAACCUCGGAGAUUUGGGCGUGACAACUAUGUACGUAAUGCUUCCAUGUCUGCUGGCAGCUCAAUGGGCCCGACGAUCUGCAAUCGCUGCGGUGGGCGUCUAAUGAACCCACCCUCCACCCCUCAUACACCCUUGACUGCAACCAUUCCAUCUAUGAGUAGCCGCUCUUCACAACCCGAGUCGACUUCUUCGCACAACAGCUCGAUCCGUGGAGGCAGUAGGUCCGACCGCCGCCGCUCCAGCUCCUUGAAUCUAUAUCCCGAUUCAGAUCGACGAGUGUCGCAUUCUUCACAUUCUCAGUGGAAAGAAUCCGACACUGACUCUGCAGAUUCCAAACGCCGUCGUCUGAACAGUAGCACAUUUCACAGGACGGGAAGCCCGGACACAGAAGCAUACUCACUGUCUUCUCAGAAAACAUAUGUUUCUCGGCCAGGCGUUGCCUACUUCCGCAGCCAUGUGCCCCGUCAACCUGAACGAGACCCGAACUUGACUCUUCCACCGUUGAAAGGAAACGAUAUUGCAGCACGGAAUCAAACUGACACAGUAAUGAGCAUACCCGUUUUGAAUAAGAUCAAAGUUCUUACUAAAAUAUCCCCUCCACUUUCUGAACGCAAUGACUCACCACCGAGGGGCGUCGUUGUUGCUGUCGACGGCCAAGACCCCACUCAAGUUAAAAUAAUGUUGAAACAUCUCGGACGGCUUUUGAGCUACGACAACAAGUUCUUAGUCAGAGUCUUCGAAGGACCUGAUAUCCUUACCCAUCAGAGCUCAUCUUCAAGUCAAAUGGGCGAUGCUACGGUGGAUUAUCUGAACGUUAUAUCCGCAUGGCAUCGAAUCUCGGAUGAUAUCACUCAAUUUGUCGGAUGUAAGCAGUCAGACAACGAGUCCAAGGACUCUUCCAGGACUGGGACACCUCAAUCUGAGACUAAAACAGAGCGGAGCCCAUCUCCCCUAGGGACUAACGCGGAUGCAAUCCCUGUUGCUCUGGUUCCUAGGUACCAACUUACUACUGCAGAUGCGUUCGCCUGUGCCAUUCCGAUCAAUGAUCGGUAUGCAUUUCUAGAACACUGGCAGUGGAUGGCUUCUCUCUGGCGGGCAUGCGUUGGCCCUGAUGUGACCGUUCACAUUCGUGAGUGCGAGCGAGAUGAGAUUGAGAGGCAUGGCUCAGGGAAUCCCGUAGAGGUCCGUCUUAAUGAAGCGCGCACGCUUAUUGUCAGGCGUCUUCCAGAUCCAAGCAAGGAUAUCGAGGAGAAGGCUCUUAGACGCGUUGGAUUCGAACUUGAGGACUUUAUUACGCGGUAG